AUGGCUUGUUCUCCUGAGGAUUAUCUGAGAUGUGCUAUCUCAUUGUUAAAAGAAGAAGCAUGUAACUGGUGGGAAACUGUGGAAGCUGUAGUACCUACAGAGAAGCUUACUUGGGAAUUUUUCCAGAAUGAGUUAAAAAAGAAAUAUGUCAGAAAGAGAUAUCUAGACAAGAAGAAAAGAGAAUUUCUCGACUUGCGACAGGGAAAUCGAACAGUUGCUGAAUAUGAAAGAGAAUUUGUGUAUCUCAGUAAAUAUGCUUGGGAUAUCGUAUCGAUUGAAAAGGAGAUGUGUAUCAAAUUUAAAGAAGGGUUAAACGAUAAAAUCAGAAUGAUGGUCGGAGGCCUAGAGAUACGAGAAUUUGUUGCUUUGUCAGAUCGAGCUCAAAAGAUGGAGGAAGUGUAUAAUAGUAAAAUGCAACGAGAAAGAAGAAGUAGUGAAUCUUACAAGCGAAGCUCCUCCAAAUCAUUUUCAACAUUUCCAGUUAAAAAGUUCAGAGAUGAAUCUAGUAGACCUACUUCAACUUUGGAAAGAUCAAGUAAAAGUAGGACAACUCAACGAAAUAUGGGAGAAAUCAAUAAACCUGUGGCUAGUGCCAGUAGUGUGCAAAACGCUUCUAGAUCGAGAUGCAGGUAUUGUGGUAAGUUUCAUCUUGGUGAAUGUUGGAGUAAGAUAGGGGCCUGUUAUAAAUGUGGCAGUACCAAUCAUCUCAUUCGGGAUUGUCCUCAAUUGAUGAAAGAAGAAAGAGAACAAAAAGAAAAGCAAGAAAUUACUUCUCCAACAAGUAAACACUCCGGUCAAAGUAGUUCUAUAAGAACUACUCAUCCAGAAAAGAAAGAUUCUGUAGCCCGAUUUGAAACUAGAAUACCUGCACGCACGUAUGCCAUCCGAGUAAGAGAGAAAGCUUAUGCUCCUGAUGUGAUAGCUAGUACUCUCUAUCUCUUUGAUGAUUCUGAAUUUGAUAUUAUUUUGGGGAUGGACUGGUUAACGAAACAUGAUGCAGUAGUGAAUUUUCGGGAUAAACAUAUCAGUUUGAAAUGUCAAACAGGGGAUAUAAUCUCAUUUGGGUCUAAAAAUAUGAGUGAUACAGUCAGAAUUAUUUCAGCUCUCUCUGCUCAGAAGUUGUUACGCAAAGGCAACGAGGCAUUCUUGGCCUAUAUUUUUGAUACUCGGGGUUCCGAUUUAAAGCUUGAACAAGUGCCAGUGGUGAAUAAAUUUCCUGAUGUGUUUCCUGAAGAGUUACCCGGUUUAGCACCUGAUAGAGAAGUUGAAUUUGUAAUUGAUGUGAUUCCUUAA